CCGCACGGGCCCCGCGCCCGCCGCCCGCACCCCCGGGCCCUACAUGAAGUAUGUCUGCCACCAGCGUCGACCCUCAGAGACCGAAAGGACAGGAGAAUAAAGUACAAAAUGGUUCAUUACAUCAGAAGGAUACAGUUCAUGAUAACGACUUUGAACCUUACCUUUCUGGACAGUCAAAUCAGAAUAAUAGCUAUCCGUCAAUGACUGAUCCCUAUUUGUCCAGUUAUUAUCCACCAUCUAUUGGGUUUCCCUAUUCUCUCAGUGAAGCACCAUGGUCUACUGGAGGAGAUCCUCCUAUUCCAUACCUCACCACCUAUGGACAACUCAGUAAUGGAGAUCAUCAUUUUAUGCACGAUGCUGUAUUUGGACAGCCUGGGGGCCUGGGAAACAACAUCUACCAACACAGAUUUAAUUUUUUCCCGGAAAAUCCUGCUUUCUCAGCUUGGGGAACAAGUGGAUCCCAAGGACAGCAGACUCAAAGUUCAGCUUACGGGAGCAGUUAUAGCUACCCACCCAGUUCACUGGGUGGCACUAUUGUGGAUGGACAGACAGGAUUUCAUAAUGAUACGUUAAAUAAAGCCCCUGGAAUGAAUAGUAUUGAACAGGGAAUGGUUGGACUUAAAAUUGGUGGAGAUGUUACAACUUCUGCUGUGAAAACAGUAGGUUCUGUUGUCAACAGUGCUGGAAUGACAGGUGCUCUUUCUGGGAAUGGUGGAUCAAGUGUAAAUUUGCCAGUGUCUAAACCAACUUCUUGGGCUGCCAUUGCCAGCAAGCCCGCAAAACCACAACCUAAAAUGAAAACAAAAACUGGACCAGUAAUUGGAGGAGCUUUGCCUCCACCACCUAUAAAACAUAAUAUGGACAUAGGUACUUGGGACAAUAAGGGUCCUGUGGCAAAAGUCCCUGCCCCUCAGCAGAUCCCAUCUCCUCAAUCUGUCCCACAGCCACAGCAGCAAAUUAUUCAGCCUGUUCCAGCUCAGCCUCCACCAUUGACCCAACCACAGUAUCAAAGCCCUCAGCAGCCACCCCAGAAUCGCUGGGUGGCUCCUCGCAACAGAAAUGCAGCUUUUGGCCAAAGUGGAGGAACUAGUAAUGAUAGCAACUCAACUGGUAAUACCCAGCCUAACUCUGUCCCAAGUGGUGAAUCCCAUCCUGUUCUUGAAAAACUGAAGGCUGCUCAUAGCUAUAACCCUAAAGAUUUUGAAUGGAACCUUAAAAAUGGGCGUGUGUUCAUAAUAAAGAGCUAUUCUGAGGAUGAUAUUCAUCGUUCCAUUAAAUAUUCCAUUUGGUGUAGCACAGAACAUGGCAACAAACGCUUGGACAGUGCUUUCCGUUCCAUGAAUAGUAAGGGUCCAGUAUACUUGCUGUUCAGUGUCAAUGGCAGCGGACAUUUCUGUGGAGUAGCAGAAAUGAAAUCACCUGUGGACUAUGGCACCAGUGCAGGCGUCUGGUCUCAGGACAAAUGGAAGGGGAAAUUUGAUGUCAAGUGGAUCUUUGUGAAGGACGUGCCCAACAACCAGCUUAGACACAUCAGGCUGGAGAACAAUGACAACAAACCAGUUACAAACUCCCGUGACACACAGGAGGUGCCCUUAGAAAAAGCGAAACAAGUGCUUAAAAUUAUUGCUACGUACAAGCAUACAACCUCCAUCUUUGAUGACUUUUCUCAUUAUGAAAAGCGUCAAGAGGAAGAAGAGGUAGUGCGGAAGGAACGUCAGAAUCGAAACAAACAAUAAGAAUAAACCCAGUUUGCUAUAUAUACUAGAACUGAUACUAAAUUCGACUCUGAAAAAACAAAAAGUAUUCUGGUGCUGUAUCCUGGCAUCAGGACAAACUAAAGCUUUCAGCUCCAAUAUAUAUUCUCGUGCAGGGGAAAUUAAGUUGUUGCAUCUUUAAGUACAUUGUAGUUUAUUUUUGCCCAUGUGGAUCUGCAUUCAUUUGUAUCUUUUCUAUGUACAAUGCUGUAGAAACAAUUAAUAAAGGUGCAUCUGGUUUUGUUUUUUUAAGUUGGUAACCAAUUAUACUGACCUAAUAUGAAACUAUAAAUGAGCAUCCUAAAAUGUUAGUGUUUCCCAAAGACUUUUUGACACAAAUUAUGUUCCAAGUCGGAUAUUCAUAAUUUUUACAUGUGACGCAUCCUUUCUCUUCACCCCAUGCCCUGUUUCUUCAUGGCAAGUAUAAGAAACCAUGCAUUGUUUUCUUUUUCUUUCUUUUUCUUCUUUUUUUUGGUCACUUUAACAAUUUUGUUUGAGAUACUGCACUUCAGAAUAUUAAAAUCAAAAAGUUCAGAUCACUUUGUGCAAUUACAAUACCUUUUUAUUUUAAGUGUACAAUUAUACUUUUCAAAUGAAAACAUGUCAUUUUGGUUUUUUUCUGUCUAGUAGGAAAUCAAAUUGUCGGUGAAAUUUCUAUCUCUCUGAAAAUAUUUCUCUUCCACAUUCUGUUAACCAGUGCUUCAGUGUGCAUUUGUUAAACCAUAUCCUGCAGAGAGUGAGAUGCCUUCUCUCAGCCAUAAUUCUGCUUUAUUGUUUCUGUAGCUUAAUUAUUAAAUAAUAAUGUGAUGCUAUCAACAUUGCAGGGUUUUUGGACAAUGUGUUUAAACCUGUUUGGGCUUUCAGGUGUUAUUAGUUAAUUGCAGAUCAUUUUUAAUCUUUCCCUUUCCUCUUCCCCAAAUCCUAAUGCCAUUUAAAGUUUUGUUUUGUUUUGUUUUAUUUUAUUUUGUUUUUUAUACCAAUAAUGCUGAGCUUUAACGUAGGAACUAAUAGUACGGACAGUAUGAUGGAUGAUGCCUCAGAUGUUUAAAAUUGACAGUGUGUAUGUCUAAUUUUUUUCUGUUGGAUGAGUAAAAAAACUGUUUUAAGAAACUGAAUUUGCUGUCAUGUUUUUGUGGAAUGAGGGAACCGUCGAAGAACUCGUCACCAACUGGAGUUUCUAUUAAGCAUGAAAAUGGUGCUCAUGCCUGUUGCUCUAGCACACUGAAUCUGCACGUGUUUAUUGUAGAGGAUCUUUUACUAUAUUAGAAAGCAGAUAUCUUCUUCUGAAAACUAUUUACUCCGAAAGGACCUCCAAUUUAAAUAAAGUUUAAGCUGUAUCAUUUAGACUUGUAUUUAGAACGUAUAACUCUGUCUCUGGACUGUUACUGCCUGUACGGAGUAAUGGACAGCAUCAGAUUAACUUUUUCCUCUAGGAGAAUACAAGCCUUAAUAAACAAUACAUAUUUAGCAA